AUGGCAUGGCGGCCGUUGCUUAGUUGGAUCAUGUCGUCUUCUUCGUCUUCUUAUUCAUCCUCAGAGUACGAAUCUGACUCUGAGGAUGAUCUUCAUCAUCAUGACCCUGGCAACAACAACGUCCAGCAAGCACAAAAGCGUCACAAUGUUGAUGAUCAUGACAACGAGGACGAUGACAAUGACGUUUCAUACGAACCCCAUGAGGAUGAGGAAGAGGACGAGGAGAAAGUGGAGGAACCGAAAUCCAGCUCCACCUCCGACUACAGCUUCACAAUAUACGAGCCCCGUCUGAAACGACGACGUAUUGACCAUGCAAAUGAGGCCUUGACGUCCCUACAAGAGGUAAAGAAACGGCGGGGUAAGAGGGUUUGGUGCAAGGAGGACGAGCUUGAGCUGUUGCGUGGCUUUCUUGACCACUACGGCACCAGACAAACCAAAAUUACCAGAACCACCACCAAGGAAACAUCGUCGUUGUACAACGAAAUCAAGCCGAGGCUAAAGCUUGAAUGCAACAAGACAAAGAUGGUGGAGAAGCUGAGAAGACUAAAGAGGAAGUACCACAAUGUCGUGAAGAAAAUGAACGAAAUCAACUCCUCCGGGAAAGAGUUUCGGUUCAAAAACGCACACGACAAUGCGGUUUUUGAGCUUUCACGUACGAUUUGGAAUGUCGAAAACAGAAAUAAUUUUGUCGUGGAAUCGCAUAAUAAUAACGUUAUGGUGAAGAGGGAGGAGGACAAUGUGGCGGCGAGUAGUAGCGUUGCGGAUCAUGAGAGGCCAACGACAUGGUUUGAUGAGGAUAAUAAUGUUACUAAUGUGGAUGAUAACAUCAAUACCGGUCAUGAUGUGAGACGAUUGAUAGUAGGGUUGGCUAUGAAUCCAAUGCCUCUGAGUUUGAAAGGUAAAAUGGGAAGUGGCGGCGGCGGUGGCAGUGGUGGGGUUGGAGAAGUGGUGGAGGAUGAGAAGUGGAGGCAGCAGCAGAUUUUGGAGUUGGAGGCUUAUGAAAAGAGGUUGGAUUUGGUGCAGCAUCAGGUUAAGGCAGCUUUGGAGGAAUUGAGGACCAAGGGAGGAGCUCACUAA